AUGCCUCACGAAGAGGCCGAAAAGGGACUGGACUGGGGGGAGGGGGGAGGGACAAGUCGGUACGCCAGCGAGCCCUCGGACUGGAGGCCGAUGGGACCGCCUCGCGUCAGCCAAGCAACGAUUUGGCAGGCGGGCGAUCGUCUAGUGGGGCGCCCCUUCACGAUGCUCCUCUGGCCCACCGGUGAGGGUUUGAUUCAGAUGGCCAGGACCCAUAUUUGGCCGCAACGAGGCCGUCUGAUUGCUGGAAUUGCUGGAAUCGGCGCAGUUCCCUUUCCCGCUAACGUAGGUACACGGCUGCGCGGUGAAAGCCAAGACGAGAUGGUCGCUCGCCCCGACGGGCCCUAG